GACUACCGGGCCCGUUUGAGAAAAUAACCGUAGCGUUUGUUUUCCUGGCAAAAAUUACCUUUAGUGAUGAAAGAAGGCCUUGUUGUUACACCCAACAGGAGAUAGAGAUAAUAGAUUUGUUUUUUUCAGCCAUGGCUCUUGAAACACACGGCGUGUCUCAACUUGAACUCGAGGCUGUUAUUGGAUUCAACGGGCAUGUGUUUUCUGGCUUGAGAGUCCACCCAGACGGAGAGCACCUCAUCUAUCCCCUGGGAUGUACAGUCAUUCUGAAGAGAAUAAAAGAUGACAAGCAGGAGUUCCUACAUGGACACACAAACAAUGUAUCAUGUAUUUCAGUGUCCAAAAGUGGAUUAUAUAUUGCCUCUGGACAGGUCAACUUCAUGGGCUUUAAGGCUACAAUAAUUAUCUGGGACUAUGCACAGCGAGCAAUUUAUGCCCAACUGCAGCUCCACAAGGCUAAAGUAGAGGCACUGGCCUUCUCUCCCAAUGACAAGUACUUGGUGUCUCUUGGGGGUCAGGAUGAUGGCAGUAUAGUCGUAUGGAAUAUUGAGACCAAGCAAGCCAUCUGUGGAAGCCCAGCUUCAGCACACAGUGCCGGUCACUGCCUCACUGUGCAGUACUCAAACACAGAUGACAAUAUCUUUGUUUCUGCUGGGAGUGGAACAUUGCGAGUCUGGAAGCUGGACCUUCCCAACAGGAAGAUCAGGCCCACAGAGUGUCAGAGAGGAAAGCUGAAGAGGAUUGUGAAAUGUAUAGAGAUCCAAGAGGAUGAUCAGUUCAUUUUCUGUGGCACCACCAGUGGAGACAUAAUGAAAAUCAACCUGAAGACAGCGCUUCUGAGUGACUGUGGUCCAGUUAAAACAAAAUACAGCCUGGGUGUCAGUGUCCUAAGGAUACUGAAGUCUGGGGACCUGCUUGUAGGCUCUGGAUCUGGCACCUUCACUCUGUGUUCCAGGUCUAACUUCAAAACUCUUAAGAAAGUCCAGCUGGAAAAGGGAGUGACCUCCAUUGCUAUGAGAGGAGAGGGCCAGCAGUUCUAUGUUGGGACAGAGGCUGCUCAGAUAUACCGCUUCAGUUAUGUGGACUUCAAACCUCAACUCAUUUCCACCAGCCACAACAAUGCUGUCAAGGAUGUAGCAUUUUCUUUUGGGACAUCAGAAAUAUUUGCAACCUGCUCUGAGGAGGACAUCAGGUUGUGGCACAUAGACAAGUCCACAGAGCUGCUGCGCAUAACCGUACCGAACAUGACCUGCAAUUCCCUGGACUUCAUGGCUGAUGGACAUAGCAUCAUCAGUGCAUGGAAUGAUGGUAAGAUUCGUGUGUUUGCGCCAGAAAGCGGUCGGCUCAUGCUCAUCAUUCACAAUGCACACAGAAUGGGUGUGACAGCCAUCGCUGGCACCAGGGACUGCAAGAGGAUCAUCAGUGGGGGUGGAGAGGGACAGAUGCGUGUGUGGGAGCUGCAGCCAUGUGGCCAUCGGCUGUUGGAGACCAUGAAAAAGCACAAAGCCACUGUCACUUGUAUCAAAAUCAAGAGUGACGACAAAGAGUGUGUCACUGCCAGCUCUGAUGGUGCCUGCAUAAUCUGGGACAUAGUGAGAUUUGUGAGUCUUCAAAUGGUGAUCGCCAACACACUGUUCAGGACAGUGUGCUACCACCCAGAGGAAUACCAGAUCAUCACCAGUGCCACUGACAGAAAGGUCACAUACUGGGACGUGUAUGACGGCUCUGCCAUCAGAGAACUGGAAGGCUCGCAGUCUGGGGCCAUCAAUGGCAUGCACAUCUCACAAGAUGGCAAACACUUUGUGACAGGUGGAGAUGACAAGCUGGUGAAGGUGUGGGACUACAUGGAAGGUGUAGUAACCCACAUAGGGACAGCUCAGGGUGGCAGUAUCACCAGCAUCAAGAUCUGCUCCAACAACCGCACCUUAGUCAGCACCAGCGCGGAUGGAGCCAUUCUCCGGUGGAGGUUCCCUCACCCUUCUUAAUGUGACACUCCUCGACUCUAGAAGCAACAGCAAGCAACUUCUAAUCCAAUACCACCACACUCUUACUCAAAUUUAUUCAAAAUUCUUCCUUAAUCUCUCCUCUGAGUCAGCAAACAUUGUCAUGAGAAUUUAACAAUCUUACAUUAACAUUGCCGAAU